AUGUUUUCACAAUUUAGAAUGGUUGGAAGUCCAAUGAAAGGGGUGUAUGAUUUGGAGAUAACAAAUGUUACAGGAUGGGAUUAUGGUUUUUAUGAAUGUCAAGUUACAUCAUCAAAAAAUAAUAAUAAUUUUGAAAAAACUAAACCAGCUUAUUUAGAAGUUCUUAAAUUACCAGAAGAUUAUGGAAUUUUCGAUAAACAAAGUCAUGGAAAAAAACAUAAAAAUGGUGAUUUUAUUUUUGCAAAAAAAAGUGUUCCAAUAGAAGAAAUAUGUUAUGUAUUAAAAACUCAUCUAACACCUAAAAUAUAUUUGGCAAUAAUAAAAUCUGGUACAUUAGAUAAUAUUCUUUCAUGGAUUGGUAAUGAUAUACUAGAUGUAAUAUAUGAUAAAUAUUUUUGA